UUCGUUUGUGCAUAUGGCAGCUUAUUUUUGCACACUUAAUGAGGUAUGGCAUGUGAGGGUAUGAUUUAUGUUUAGGUAAGAUCAUGCAUUAAACAUGGAUUUUACCGAUGAUACAACUAGACAAGGGAAAAGACUUGGGGAAGAUGUCACAUCUCAUUCUACUGCUAAGAAGGCUAAAGAGCCAAUCUUUUUAAUCAAUACCUCCAAACCUGACUUGAAGCUGUUGAAAGAGGCUUAUGGCUUGUUGUCCUCUAGAGAGAAGCAUGACUUUGAGUCCUUCACUCCUCAAGCACAACUUAUGAAGUUCACACUAGAAAAAGUUCAAGAAAUGUUGCAAGCUAUGUGGGGGUUUCCAUUUGAAUUCUCACGACCAUUGGUGACAACUAGAGAUGAUUCUUAUAGGUUUGAUUGGAAUGAAGCGUUAAUGGCUUUGGGAAAGAGAUUGAAGGGCAUGACAUCUUCUCAAAGAAUCAACUUUGUGGCAUUGGGAAUUUAUGGCAUGGUGAUCUUCCUUAUCUAUGUCAAGACCAUUGCAUCUAUGGUGGUAGCUUUGUUUGAGCAACUGUUAUACACUUCAGCAUUUAAUCCUGCUUAUACAGUGGUAGCCGAAACUUUGUGGUCUAUGAAAGAAAUCUGGGCUAAAAGAUCUGGCCGCUUCUCGAGUUGCAUGAAGUUGUUCACUGCAUGGGCACAUGGUCACUUGAGGGGUCUUCAAUUUGAAGCUUUAUUUAGCGUUCCUGUGAAAGAUAGAAAGACGGAGGAUUGGCAUCGAUCACUUCUAGCAACAACUAUUAAUGAUGUCAGAUUUUUUCUCCUGACUUGGGAUGCUACUCAUUAUCUUGCUCCACUCGAAGAACAUCACUCUAUUCCUUUGCUAGGUAUUCAUGGAGGGGUUACAUAUUCAAUGGAGUUGGCAUCUCAUUAGUUUGGAAAAGCACAAAGCGUUCCCUAUCUUGAUGAUGCAUUGCAGUCACACUUUGAUUACAUGUCUUCCCCAGCAAUUGUAUUCGAAGCACAUGAGGUGUGGGAGAAAUAUAGGAUGUUGUUGACG